ACAGCUCUCUGACAAGCUUUGACCUAUGAAAGGAAGAGGGCAAGAGUGAGAAAGAGAAAGUGAGACGGCUAAGAGAGAAGCAGUCAAACUCUCACUGCCCUACUUCUAAGUUAGUCCUUGGUGGCUGAGCACUGACUUCAGCACAGACCUUCUACAGAGAAGCUGCAAAGAGGGAGAUUUUUAUAAGGACCCAGAAGGCAAGAGUAACGACGUGAACAGGAGGAUUUCAUCAAAUUGCACCGCUGAACUCCAGUUUUUUAUGGAAGAGCAAUGGCAAGCCGGAGGGGAGGCAAAUAUUUGAGGAAAUCUGCCAUUCCUGGGGUAACUAUCACACAGUAUGUGGAUAAUAUUCCCAAAGGGUGCAGCACCCCUGACUUUGAGAGGAAACCUAUCACCUUAACCUUAUCAGAAGGUAAAAAUGCCAUUUUCAGAGCUGUGGUCAAGGGUGAACCAAAACCACAGGUGCUAUGGAAGCGCAAUAGUAAGGAGAUGGAUGAUCCUCAGAAAUACCAGACAUCCUUUAUUCCCAGCACAAAUGAAUUCAUCUUGCAAAUCAACAAAAUCACCUCAGAAGAUGCUGACUUGUACCGUUGCACUGCUGUGAAUGAGUAUGGAGAAGCUACCUGCACUACAGGUCUCAAGAUCAUACAGGUUGGCUUCAAGAAGAAAACGAAGGAGGCCCCUUCAGUGCCACAGGCAGACCUGAAGAAGGAGAUUCAGGACUUCAGGAAAAUACUAAAGAAACGAGCACCUACAACUGCCCCAAAGAAGGAACUCAGUAUGGAACAAGUCUGGCAGUUACUGCUGAAUGCAGAUAGGAAAGAUUAUGAGAAGAUUUGCUUGAAGUACGGCAUUGUUGACUUCCGUGGGAUGCUGAGAAAGCUUCAGGAGAUGAAAAAGGAGAGAGAGGACAAACAGGCACUGUAUGUGAGCAAUCUCAUUAACUUGAGGCAUGUCAAAGUCAAUCAGGAGCAAAGAAAUGCUUCCUUUGAUGUAGAGAUGGACCUGAAAAAUCCAGAGAGCAGAAUUUACCUGUACAAGGAUGGCCAGAUGAUCAACUUUGGAUUCAACAGUGACACUGUAAAGCAUUGCCUGCGGCAGGUUGGCAAAAAGUAUAAUUUUAUCAUCAAUGAUCUACAGCUCGAAGAUGCUGGCCUAUACCAGGUCAAAGUAGAAGAUGUAGAUAUCUUCUCAACUGAGCUGGAAGCAGAAUCCAUUCCAGUAAGUUUUCGCCAUCCGCUUGGUGAGCUGAGAUGCCAGGAGCAAGGAAAUGCUGUCUUUCAAUGCACCCUCUAUGACCCCUGCUUCAGUCCCAUGUGGUUUCACAAAAACUGUCGUCUAGAGGCAAAUGACAAGUAUGACAUUUCAGUCACGAAAGAUGGCCUAACUCACCGUCUAGUCAUCAAAAACACCCAGCUCUCUGACAAAGGGACUUACACCAUUGACAUUGGAAGCCAUUCUUCAAGUGCCUGGCUUGAGGUUGAACCUUCCAAAGGAAAGAGGAAAAAAGCCGAAGGAGACAAUGAUGAUAAAGCUGGACAGCAGAAAAAACUGUUAGAGGAAGACCAUGCUAAGAAAUUUCGUCAGGGUGUUGAGUCUGAAAAUCAAGAGCAUUUCGGCAUAGGCAAAGAUGGCCAGCAUAGAAAUAGCCAAGAUGGCAGUGAAGGAACUCAUGACUCCUUUGGAAAAGGAAAAGAUGGGAAGAUGAAAUGGUUUUCUGGAGCAGGGGUAGACAUGGCAGAGGGGGAUCAGUUUACUACACUAGGUGGGAAUGGUGUUUGUGGAGAAACAGGUACUGGAAUGGGUUCACUGUAUAAUAAACAUGCUUUGUUAGGUGACAUGGGAUCUAGAGAUGCAGGUGGUCUGCUAACUCCAGAAGGUCAAGAUUCUGCACUUAGCGGAGCAGGUUCUGGAGACAGAUUUGGCAGAGCACGUGGCAUGGGAACCCAAGAUUCCACAUCCGGCAGUUCAAGUGUAGACAGGAACCAACAUGGUAUGGGAGCUAUUAGUGGUGCUGGCGUAGGAUUUGGAAUGCCAGGAGAGGUAGAAGGAUUUUAUGGCAAUCAGGUAACACUAGGUGGACCUGGAGACAGGCGUGAUGGAGGUCUUUAUAGUAAGGAUAGUGGUCAAGGUGAUGCAAGUGGAGCUGGGACUGGUGGUAUAGGAGCACUCUAUGGCAGGGAUGAUAAACUGGCUGGAAUUGGUCUUAGUAGUGCAAGGGGAAAAGAUGGAAUCUAUGGUGAGGAUGGUAAGACAGGUGCAGUUGGUAUCACUGGAGAUGGUGCAGAGAUCGAAAUGAUACUUCAUAGCAGAGAUGGUACUAUUGCUGGUAUGCUUGGCACUGAUGGAUCUAAUGCAGGUAGGAGAGUAGAUGGACUAUAUGCCAAGGAUGGAACUGGAGCUGGUGUGGGUGCAGGUGCAUCAGGUAUAGGAGGUCUCCAUAGUAAAGAUGGAAUGACAGGUGGAAUUGGCACUGGUGGACCUGGUGAUGCUGAGGGCAUUAGUGGACUCUAUGGCAAGGAUGGCAUGCCAGGUAGCAUGUCAGUAUGGACUGAUAAAUCUGGUGUGCCUGCAGGCAUUGAUGGAUUCCAUGGAAAAAAUAGAAUGACAGGUGGAACAGGAAUUUGUGGACCUGGUGGCGCUGAGGGAGUAGGUGGUAUCUAUGAUAGGAAUGGUAUGAUAGGUGGAGCCGGAGGGCCUGGUGAUGCAGCAGGAAUCAGUGGGCGCUAUAGCAAAGGUACUGUCCCAGGAAUUAGUGCUGGUGGACCUGGUGAUGCUGUGGGCAUUGGUGGGGUCCAUGGAAAAGGUGGAAUCCUAAGUGGAGCAGGCACUGUUGAACCUGGUAGUGAAAAUGGUGUAUUAACUGGAUCUGGGGGACCUGCUGGGGGAACUGGGAGAACUGGUGGGCUAUAUAGCAAGGAUGGCAUGCCUGCAGGAGUAGGCUUAAGUGGAGCAGGUGGUGCUGAGAUAGGAGGUAAGCAUUAUAGGAAAGAAGACAUGUUAGGAGGAGCUGGUGCUGGUGGACCUGGGGGUGCUUCAGGAAUAGGCAAACUUUAUGGCAAGGAUAUGGGUGGAGCAGGCACUGAUGUAUCUGGGGGUACUGGGGCAACUGGAAGACUCUAUGGAAAGGAUGGUAUGCUAGACAGAGCUGGUUCUGGAGGACCUGGUGGUGUUGGAAUAGAAGGUGGACAGCAUGGCAAGGAUGGCAUGCCUAUUGGAGCAGGCACUGGUGGUGCUGGUGACAGAAAGUAUGUGGUGACUGAUCUAAAGGAAGGACUGCAGUAUGAAUUCCGUGUGGCUGCCAUCAAUGCUGCUGGGGUGGGUGAGCCCAGUGCACCUUCAGAAGCUGCUUUUGCACGAGAUCCCAUGAAUCCUCCAGGUCCAGUGAGGGAUCUUAAAGUGGUGAGCACUGACUACUGCAGCAUCUCCUUGUCAUGGAUGAAACCGGAGGCAGAGGAUGAAAGCUGUGCCAAGGGUUAUAUUGUAGAGAUACGGCAUUCUGAUGUUCUGAAGUGGACUCAAUGCAAUGCCCUCCCAAUACCAGCAACUACAUAUACAGUUAGGGGGCUAAAAGCCAGGGAGAUGUAUUUCCUACGUGUGAGAGCCAUCAAUGAUGGGGGGCUUGGUGACCCUGUUGAACUUGACACUUGCGUCCAAACCAUACCUCCUAUUGUUCAACCCAAGCUCUUAGUCAAGGACACUGUCAAAAGCUUUAUGAUUGUGAAAUCAGGGAAUACAAUCCGUGUGCGCAUUCCCUUUGAGGCUUCCCCAACCCCUGAUGUGGUUUGGCUGAAGGAUGGGCUUGCACUGCCUGCAAAGGCUACAGUUGCCACCAGAAAAGGCAUCAGCCAGCUCAUCAUACCAAAGGCUGACUUUUCCGACAGUGGACACUAUACCAUCAUUCUGCGAACUGAACAUGGCAGUAAAGUGACGUUCAGCUUCCUAGUGCAAGUUCUAGAUGCCCCAGAAUCUCCUGGUCCUAUUCAGCUUGUUGAGAAGGUCCCUGAAACAGUGACGCUGAUAUGGGAACCCUCCCCAACAGAAAAGAAAGAGGGUACCCUAAACUAUAUGGUCAUGAUGCGUGACUCCACCAAAGGAUCAUGGCAACUGGUGGCUGACCUGAUCUACACCAACAAGUGCACUGUUGCAAAUUUUAUGCCUGGUCGGGAAUAUUUCUUCAGAGUGCUGGCAAAGAACUGUAUGGGAAUCAGUGAGCCUUCUGAAACUGUGCAGCCGUGGAGCAUUCGAAAGGAAAAAGCUAAAUUUGAGCUCAGGCUUCCAAGAUAUAAGGGGAUCAAUCAGACUCAGCCUCCAAGAUUCCUUGUACCACUCAAACCACAUGUAGUGACUUUAGGAUUUGAUUGCCACAUGAGCUGUGCUGUGACUGGCCAUCCAGCACCCCAGGUAACUUGGUACAAGGAUGGCAAGAACAUCUCUCAGGAUCAUAGCUUCUUCAGCAAAAAUGACUUUGGAGUAUGCUCACUUGUGAUCCCAGGAGUGACACCAUCAGAUGGAGGCCAGUACAAGGUGGUGGCCAUCAAUGAACUAGGACAAGCAAGCAGCAAAGCUGAACUCACCAUAAAAGAACCUUCUUUCUAGUAUGGUCUGCACUGUACCAGCUUUGCACAGUCUUCUCUGUGAUAAUUUCCUGUAGAACUGAACUUGUUACUGAAAGAUGCAUAUUUGCUUUGAUGGCAACCCCCAAAGGCUCUGUCUGCUGCAUUGAAUGUGAUCAAAACAGUAGCUAUUGUUUUUCUGCAAUUCUCCACAACAAGAGAGUCCAUGUAAUUCUGCCCAAUAGUUCUUCCAAGACCAGAGUUCCAGUAUUCUUAUCAUAGACUUGAAUGGAAACAACAUUGCUUGAAUGGAAAGAAGGAACUGCAACUGAAGAAUGAUCGUUGGGGUGGGAUAAAGUAAGGCAAGCAGCAUUGCAGCAAUAAUAUGCUAUGUUCCGGGUUAUUCCUGUAAUGGUCCUAUUGGAACAUGGGCUUUAUGGAUAUUCUGGGAGUAAAGCCUAACUAUUUGGGAUCCUUCAAUCUAGAAAAAAUACCAAAAAUGGGUAUCUCACGAGCUUCAAAUAUAACUUUGGUAAUACCUGAUUGCAUAUUUAAUUUCUUCAAAAGUUAGCAAAUAAUAGAAGUGGGAAAAUACCACCCAUGCGAUAUCUAUGAUAUCAAAGGCAGAUUAACCAUAAAUUAGAAAUGAAAUUUUGAAGGGUUGUAUCUUUCUGAACUGGCAGCAUUUAUCCCCGCAAGAAGAAUCAAGUCAAGGUUAUUGUUCAAGCAGAGGUAUUUCCAGAACAAGUAGUUGUAUCCUGAUUGUUUUCCAAAUGUCCUAAUGAAAUGAUGCUCACACAGCUCCCAGCCAUGAAGAGAAAUUAACCACUCUGGAUUUUUCACAUAAGCUAUGAGGAGUUGACUGUCUAGCUUCUGAAUCAUCUGUAGAUGUAUAGCAAAGCAAUGUAAUCACAUGCUGUGACUUGCGUCAAAUGCAGCUUAUAUAAAAUGCCAUUUGUAUCAACUGCAAAUGAGAUGGAUUAUACAGAAAAAACCUUGCUGUGUCAGACUUAAACAUUUAAUGACCCCUCUUUAGGCUAUCCUAUCCAAUGUUUGUUUUACUCAGAACUACUGAGGAGUGUCUCUGUUCCUGAAUUCCUGUCAGUCUAGCUGUGAUAUCUUAGUGGUUUCGGCUGACACAUAAAAAUCCACAGAAGUCCAGCAGUAAAUUAUUGAAUGAUGGAAAAUGCACAGAAUUAUUAUAUUAAUUAUCAUAUUAAAAACACAAUGCAUUUUAGUGCUACUUUCUGCUAAGCAAUGCUAUCAGUUCAAGGAGGUGGGGUUGAGAAAGUGAGGAGUUACAGUUACCUCACGCUCUUGCUCAUUUGCUGAUAGUACAAGAAAAGUUUUUUAUGCUUGAAUGUUAAAAUUUUCCUUAUCUGUGUAUUGGCCCAAGAACAAUGAAAACCAAUUAUUAAACCUGAGCAAGCAAGAACAUCUGUUCUAUGUAUGUUCAUAAUUUGUUCUUAAGCAAAUGAAGCUGAGUAUUCUGAGUGCCAGUUCAUCUUCUCUGGGCCAGUCAUGUAUUCAGGCCAGCAGCAAUCAUCAUGCAAGCAAGUGGUCUGUUUUUCCCAACUCACCUGCCUGGGAAUUCUUAAAUGGAUAUGCCAAGGACUGUACCUGGGACAAGAUAUUUCUUCUCUUAAAUCAGAGCCAUGGCACAGAAGAUUUAGUCUAAUGUGCAUGCAUUCUGUGCAGUUGUAAAAAAAGCCUGUGCAGUGGAAACUCAGUUUUGUGCAGUUGGGAAUAUGAAUGUUCAUCCUUUUUCUCAUUUUCCAUUAGAAAAUAUCUGGGAGGUGCUCACUCACUGGAGAUGGGGAAGUUGCUUUUAUAGCCUGUCAUGUCUUCUCCUGGGAGGAACUUGCAGCGUUGCAGAGUUCUCCUCCACUCCAUUUUUUAUCCUCAUAACAACAAGCCUGUGGGGUAGUCCAUAACUGACCCAAAGUCACCUGUGGAGCUUCAUUGAUGAGUUGCACUACCAACUGGAUCUCCCAGGUCCCCAGUCCAAAACUCUAACCACUAUGCCACACUGACUGUCCAGUGUUGCAUUGGAUUCUGUGCCCAGCAUACCUGUCCAACUUUGCAUCAGUUUAUGUAUACUUUAUUGCUGCAUCUUUUCAUUGGCAGAAAAAAGGCAUGGAGUAUCCUCAAAAUGUAUAUUCAGCAGAGUGAAAAUAGAUUAUGCAGCCUGCAACUAUAAGAAGGUACACCAGCCUCCCCUAACUUGGGCCUCUCAAGAUGUGUUGAACUAGAGUUCCCCCAUGCACUAGUCACACGCAUGUGGAGGGCACCAAGUUGGGGAAGCAUGAGCUGCAUGAACAGUAGUGACAGGGCGGAGAAAGGUCAAAUAUUCCUAUUCCUCCACUAGAGGGACUUUUCCUAUGUGCAGCAGUAACUACUAUGUUCGGGAUGUGCUUUUCGCAUGGAAAAAAUGAGUAAGACAGAUGAACUGUUGGCUGCUAGCAUUCCUUCUCUUUUUAAGUAGAAAGGGAGCACCUGCUUUUAGGUGUAUAAACAAUGGAAAAACAUCUGCAAAAGUACUAAAGAUAAAAAUUGGAUAUGUGAGUUAAUCUUCUUGACAUGAUCCUAUAAAGUUUUUGUAAGACUGGUGUCACCAUUGGGAGUGCCAAAACUGGCUUCAAUAAACUGUGUGUGUGUGUGUACGGGGAGUAUGUUUCAAAUCCAGGCAAACAUAUUCCCUUAUGUC